CGCUCCUCCGUCCCCCGCCCCUCCUAGGUCCAGCUCAGGUCCUUUACUGGAGGCCCUCGGCAGCCAUGGGCUCGGAGAUGGAACCGCUGCUCCUGGCUUGGAGCUAUUUUAGGCGCAGGAAGUUCCAGCUCUGUGCCGAUCUAUGCACGCAGAUGCUGGAGAAGUCCCCUUACGACCAGGAACCAGAUCCAGAAUUGCCUGUACCUCAGGCAGCUUGGAUUUUGAAAGCACGAGCACUCACAGAAAUGGUGUACGUGGAUGAGAUCGACGUCAAUCGGGAGGGCAUUGCGGAGAUGAUCCUGGAUGAAAACGCUAUCGCUCAGGUCCCACGCCCGGGAACAUCUUUGAAACUCCCUGGGGCCACUCAGACAGGAGUCCCUAGUCCAGCUGUCAGGCCGCUCACUCAGGCUGGAAGACCCAUCACAGGUUUCCUGAGACCCAGCACGCAAGGCGGGAGGCCAGGCACCAUGGAGCAGGCCAUCAGGACGCCCAGAGCCACCUACACCGCCCGCCCGGUGACCAGCUCGUCCGGGAGAUUCGUCCGCCUGGGAACGGCUUCCAUGCUUACAAGUCCUGAUGGGCCUUUUAUAAAUUUAUCUAGGCUGAAUUUGACAAAAUAUGCCCAGAAACCCAAAUUGGCAAAGGCUUUGUUUGAGUAUAUCUUUCAUCAUGAAAAUGAUGUUAAGACUGCUUUGGACCUGGCUGCCCUUUCCACAGAGCAUGCGCAGUACAAGGACUGGUGGUGGAAAGUGCAGAUCGGCAAAUGUUACUACAGGUUAGGAAUGUAUCGUGAAGCAGAAAAACAGUUUAAAUCAGCCCUGAAACAGCAGGAAAUGAUAGAUACGUUUCUCUACUUGGCAAAAGUUUACAUCUCAUUGGAUCAGCCUGUGACUGCUUUAAACCUUUUCAAACAAGGAUUAGAUAAGUUCCCAGGAGAAGUAACCCUCCUUUGUGGAAUUGCCAGGAUCCAUGAGGAGAUGAACGACAUGUCCUCUGCUGCCGAAUUCUAUAAAGAGGUUUUGAAACAGGACAACACUCACGUGGAAGCCAUCGCCUGCAUUGGGAGCAACCACUUCUACUCCGAUCAGCCGGAAAUCGCGCUCCGCUUUUACAGGCGACUCCUGCAGAUGGGGGUUUAUAACUGCCAGCUUUUUAACAAUCUGGGUCUCUGCUGCUUCUACGCCCAGCAGUACGACCUGACUCUGGCCUCGUUUGAGCGCGCCCUUUCUCUGGCCGAAAACGAAGAAGAGGCGGCCGACGUCUGGUACAACUUGGGGCACGUGGCUGUGGGGAUAGGAGACACGGGUUUGGCCCACCAGUGCUUCCGGCUGGCGCUGGCCCACAACAACAGCCACGCCGAGGCCUACAACAACCUGGCUGUGCUGGAGAUGCGGAAGGGCCACGUGGAGCAGGCAAAAGCGCUGUUACAAACUGCAUCAUCUUUGGCGCCCCAUAUGUACGAGCCGCAUUUUAACUUUGCAACAAUCUCUGAAAAGAUUGGAGAUCUACAGAGAAGCUAUGUUGCUGCUCGUAAGUCUGAAGAAGUAUUUCCAGAUCAUGUGGAUACACAACAUUUAAUUGAGCGGUUAAAGCAGCACUUUGCUAUGCUCUGAUUACUCCUUAGACCAAAUAUCUAUUUUUAUGGUGGGGUACUAUACAAGAGAGGACCCCUCCCCACCAUGAAAGGAAUUAUAUCGUGGAGGGUGGGCCCCUUGUAGUACAGGCUUCCCCCACUGGGUGAAUGUUCCAGGAACCCGCCUGUAUCACUGUGCCAGCUGGUGGUGUUGUGAGAGGCUGCCUGAGCUUCAGUGAAUUUUUUCGAAGACUAUUUCAGUGUACUUGCCCAUUUCAUCACGGGGAUUUCCAAGCUUAUCUGCCUACACUGUGCUGAGUAUUCAGCGGUUUUUGACCAAAAACGGCACGACCCUGGUGUUCCAUCCUUCCCAUUCACCUGAUCCCACCCCGAGUGACUUUUUUUUGGUCUCCCUGGAUGAAAGUAGUCCUCAGAGGGAAGCAUUUUGCCGAGGGGGAAGAGGUGAAACAUCCUGCAGAAGCACUGGAAGGCAUCAAAACCGACCAGCUCACGCACUGAGCGGGGAAAAAACGCCUCGACAGGUGGUACUGCAUCAAAUGGAGAGCACUUUGAAGGGGACUGAGUUUAAACACGGAGGAAUAAAUACACAAUUUUUAAUAAAUUUCUGUUUUGGGGGGUCCCUCCUUGUAUAAUCAUAUAAGGGAAAAAUUGCGUAAAUAUAUAUCUGUGUAAUACAAACUUGUGCUUUAUAUUAGUGAAGAUGACAUGAGGGACUUUAAAUAAGGGUGUAAAUUAAAACUUUUUUUUAAAGGAGA